AUGCCUACUAGAUUGACCAAGACUAGAAAACACAGAGGAAACGUUUCUGCCGGUAAGGGUAGAGUCGGUAAGCACAGAAAGCAUCCCGGUGGUCGUGGUAAGGCUGGUGGUCAACACCACCACAGAACCAACUUGGAUAAGUACCAUCCAGGUUACUUCGGUAAGGUUGGUAUGAGAUACUUCCACAAGCAACAAGCCCAUUUCUGGAGACCAGAAAUCAACUUGGACAAGUUGUGGACUUUAGUUGAAGCUGACAAGAAGGACGAAUACUUGAAGUCCGCUUCUGCUUCUGCUGCCCCAGUCAUUGACACCUUGGCUCACGGUUACGGUAAAGUCUUGGGUAAGGGUAAGUUGCCUGAAGUUCCUGUCAUUGUCAAGGCCAGAUUUGUUUCCAAGUUGGCUGAAGAAAAGAUCAGAGCUGUUGGUGGUGUCGUUGAAUUGGUUGCUUAA